UGGCAGUUGCUGGGAACAUCCAUAUGCCAUGGGUGUGACCCUAAAAAGACAAAAACGAAUAAAAAAAAAAUCAUAUGUUUGGCCUUUUGUUCCAUGCUGUCUGGUCUUACCAUCUUGAAAAGGAAAUAUGCUUCUGUGAUCAGCUUUAAUAGAAGAAGCCUUAUCCAUAGGUGUCAUAUCAUUUAUAUUUUCAGGCACUUCUGAGAGUGAAAGGGAAGGUAUAAAUAACUACGCUGGGACAACAGGGGUAAACUAGGACCUGGACUCCUUCUUAUUAUAGAAAAGGAGAAGAAAAGAACAGUGCAAUGUGAGAAAGCUUCAUACAUUAGCUAAGGAAGCACCCACAUUAUACUAGCCGGUUUCCUGGGUGGUAAAGAAGGUUUUGAAUUGUAGGCAUUUAGAGAGGGGGUGGCAAGAGGAGAGUGUGGUCAUAAAAAUAGAAGCAGGUAGUGAAGGCACAGUGUCAGCACCAAGCUUGAAGCCAGGAGUCUCUGGUACUCCUCGUCCUGGCCCUGGCUUGGUGACACAUUCCCGGGAGUUGAGGAUGGAGCCCGGCUGUGUAGCCUGCCAACAUCUUCGGGAAGCUUCCUGACACUGCUGGGUCCCCUCUUCUCUAGCUGCUCUGUCUGCUCCAGUCCCAGGAGGCCUACAGGCAGGAAUGGCAGUAAUGUUGGCAGGCAGAGGGUGGGAAGAAGCUGCUUGGUGAGAGUGGGGAGCAGGAGCUGGUAGGAAACAGCUCGGAGCAAAGGGAAUAGUAAGGAGUAGACCACUCGCCUACAUCCACUCCGUCUUGACCCCUAGUGGCUCCCUAUGCUCGCUUCCCACUUUUCCAUGAUUUAUUUGGAUGGCUUCUAAAUAUCACAUACUCUGUCGACAUUUCAUGAUCUUAUAUUGCACUUUAAACACACCUAAAGUUGACAUGGGAAAACUCUUAGGAACACAGAUAGGUCUUGAAGAUUUCAUAUUUGCCCAUGUGAAAGGGAUCAAAAAAGAAGUGAAUGUGUAUAAAUCUGAGGAUUCGCUUGGUCUCACUAUUACAGAUAAUGGUGCUGGCUAUGCUUUUAUAAAGAGAAUUAAAGAUGGCAGUGUAAUUGACUCUGUUAAAACGAUCUGUGUGGGGGACCACAUCGAAUCCAUCAAUGGAGAAAAUAUCGUUGGGUGGCGUCACUUUGAUGUUGCCAAGAAGUUAAAGGAAUUAAAAAAAGAGGAACUCUUUACCUUGAAGUUAAUAGAACCUAAAAAGGCCUUUGAAAUUGAGCCCAGAUCAAAAGCUGGAAAGUCAUCAACAGAAAAGAUUGGUACUGGAAGGGAGACGCUUCGCCUGAGAUCAAAAGGUCCUGCCACUGUGGAAGAAGUGCCCUCUGAAGCCAAAACAAAGGCAAUUGAAAAGAUUGAUGAUCUUCUUGAAUUGUACAUGGGAAUUCGAGAUAUCGACUUAGCUACCACAAUGUUUGAAGCUGGAAAGGACAAAGGUAAUCCAGAUGAAUUUGCGGUGGCACUUGAUGAAACUCUUGGAGACUUUGCGUUCCCAGAUGAAUUUGUUUUUGAUGUUUGGGGAGUCAUUGGUGAUGCCAAACGAGAAUGACCAUGAUGUGAAUCAUCGUCUCUGGAGGAAUGAACCGUGGUUCCUUAAAAAAAAACAGUAAGACCUGUUUUAGACACUGUUAUGGACUCUGGUUUGGUUUUCUGUGUAUGAAAUACAUGUUCGAAGUAUAAUUCUCAAUGUAACUUUGAUUUCUGGGCAUUAAUGCAGUUGCACAUGUAGUAUGCUUAAUAUAAAUUGCCUAAAAAGUGAUCGAUUUUAAUAUUCAUUCAAAAGCUUUUUUAAAGUUAGUUUUCAGGAAUAUUUCUAGGUAGGUUAUUAUUAUUAUUUUUGUUUUUUGCUUUUUUGGGGCCCCACCUGUGGCAUAUGGACGUUCCCAGGCUAGGGGUCGAACUGGAGCUGCAGCUGCUGGCCUAUACCACAGCCACAGCAAUGCAAGAUCCAAGCUAUAUCUUUGAUCUAUGCCACAGCUCAUGGCAACGCUGGAUCCUUAACCCACUGAGCAAGGCCAGGGAUCAAACCCUCCUCCUCAUGGAUAUCAGGUGGGUUAGUUACCACUGAGCCACAGCAGGAACUGCCUAGAUAGGUUAUUUUGUUCCCUGUUGACAGCCAUGUUUUGUUUUGCACAUAUAAGUAGUGGAUUGCAAUAGCUUUGUAGUUCUUUUGCAAAACCUUGACGCAGCGAAAACUAGGAUUGGAGUACAAUUUGCCUCAUAGCAUCUUCCUUUUGUUGUAGUAGCUUGAGCAGAAUAUUUCAGCAUAUGAAAUGUGAAUUAUGCCUACGAAAAAUAUUGUUUAGGAAUACCUUUUUUUUUUUUUUAAAAUCCUCUGAACCAAGGGAGGAAGAUUCCUAUAGCCUGUUGAUGUCUAUGGCCUGUUUUCUCUCUUUGCAAAACAAUGAUGAACUUAUUUUUCGCUUCUUUGUCAUUGCUUCUUUGCUUCUUCAAACUUGUUGUAAUCUAUUGUGUGGUAUAUGUGUUUGCACGUGUAGAAGAAGGUGAAAAAGAGGCAGAUAGGGUAGAAACCACUUAUAUUUGAUUGGUUAUUUUUUUAGCAGGUCUUACAACAGUGUUACUUUUCCAAUCAUAUUUCCUGUUGUGUUACCUUUUAUAAGCAUUCCAGGGAAGGUAUUUAUGGUCUUUGUAGAACUUUUUUUUUUUUUCAAAGAUGGUUGCUUGGAAAAUAACCAUGUUUGAGAACAUUUUGGGGGGUUAAAGAGCAAUGCUUUUAAGCCCCCUAAACAUGAGAGGAGAUGCUAUCAGAAAUAGAUUUCUCCCCAGUGAAAAUGAAGGAGGAAAGGAAAAAUGAGAAAAUAUAUUAGCCUAUUAUUUUAGAGUUCUAAUGCACUCUCUCUAAAACCUUCCAUUAUUGAGAAAAUUGAGGGUAAAUGCCUGUCUUAUCACUCUUCCUUGACAUCUUACAGAUGUAAGAGAAAUGGAAAUGAAUGGUUUCAACAUAGAUCAUUUAAUAAGGCAGAGCAUGGUGUGACCAAGCGUUCUUCUAAAGUGUUAGAUGGAAAAUGCUGUGUGCUGCCAUAGAAAUCAGAAAUAAUAACCUGGGAGGGCUGUAUUCUAGGAAAUCAGAAGUAGUUCUCUUUUCAUGCUGGGGUAAUGCUUAGGUAACGCUGUUGUUUUCUGGUGCAACUUCACUUUUACUGCCUUCCACUCCCUUUUGUACAGAAGUUUAAUGCCAUGAAGCUGAUAGUCUUUGCCUCAUUAAUCUGAAACGUGCACAGAAACUGCUUUAGUCCUUGAUGUGUAACAAAAGUAGUUGCAGAAUGUGCAUUGCCCUUGCCCAUCAUUUGGAAAUAGGAUCCAGCCCAGGCUGUAGGCAUUUGUUGCCGCUUGUUUAGUGAAUUUCUUUCCGCAGUCCCCAAAUACCUAUUAUUUUCUUCAUACCGCUUUUCAUAGAAGGACCUAGGUAAAAAGAGCUGAUAUUUUUAGGGAUGGGAAAGUUAUUGGAUGCCCACAGAAACAUUUCAGUUUAAACAAAAAAAUAAAUCUCGGAGUUCCCGUGGUGGCGUAGUGGUUAACGAAUCCGACUAGGAACCAUGAGGUUGCGGGUUCGGUCCCUGCCCUUGCUCAGUGGGUUAACGAUCCGGCGUUGCCGUGAGCUGUGGUGUGGGUCGCAGACGCGGUUCGGAUCCCGCGUUGCUGUGGCUCUGGUGUAGGCCGGAGACUACAGCUCCAAUUCGACCCCUAGCCUGGGAACCUACAUAUGCUGCGGGAGCGGCCCAAGAAAUAGCAAAAAGACAAAAAACAAACAAACAACAACAACAACAACAAAAAUCUCUUGGCACCAGAUGGCUAGAUUUGAAAUGGCAGAUCGUUUGUUAUUGAUGGCUGUCCGGUUGCCCUUCCCUUUGGGCACAUGUGACACUUGGUGCAGAUUCUGUGUGAUUUGUGGAAUCUCAUAUUCACAAAGUGGUGUGCUCAUCAUGAUCUUUCUAGGUUUUUGAUGUGUAAGGUACCCAUGGCCAUGUACAGCUGCAAUGACAACUUGCUUAUUAGCAUUAAAAGAGCAUUAUCCUGAAGGCACCUUGUCACCCGGGCACCGGUGCUUUAAUACUAAUGGUUUUUCCCCCUUGAAAUGCCUCUCUCUCACCUCUACUGCUCAACUGAUUACGAGGUCAGUUUCUUUACCUCAUUUUGUUCCCUUACCUGAAAAUACAUCUCUUUGCAAACUUGGUGCCUUUUUGGUAAAAUUCUCAGUGCAUGAAAGGAUGCAGGGCUUCUUUCUAGUUGUCACAGGUGGAGGCUGCCCUUCUGCUGGAACAAUGAGACAAAGUCAUUUUUUUUUAAAACAUGCCAUUUCACUGGCCCCAUUAAAUGUUUUUGAAAAGCCUUUGUUGUUUCUCUGGUUCUCUAAGAACUUACGCUCACCUCCCCCAAUGGAGGAGGAUUGUUUUAUUCUUUUAAAAUUUUGAUCAUUUUCUUCUUCAUUUCCUUUCAUGCAAAAUAGCAUCUUUCAGUGGCCACUAAGAGGACACGCCGUUUUCUUUUCUUCCGUUUUUUUUUGUCUUUUUAGGGCCACACGCAGGGCAUAUGGAGGUUCCCAGGCCUAGGGGUCGAAUCGAAGCUAUAGCUGCUGGCCUACACCACAGCCACAGCAAUGCACAUUUUUUUUGUGUGUGUGAAGAGAAGGCAAAGGAUGAAUGAAUGUUGGGUUCAAUGGGAUUUUGAGCAUAGUUUGGCUCUGAUCAGGUCUACACAUUUUGAUGACCACAGAUGCAUCCAUUGUGAGUUUUUGUGAUGUUUCAAAAAUAUAUAAUUAUAUGAUGUGAAACUCUUUAAGAAUUCAAUUAUGAAAGCUGUAAUUAGUUAACCUCUGUUUGGGGCUGCUAUAGCCAAUAUUAUAAUGUGACCGAUAAAUAGCUAAAUAGAGAUAAUUUAAUUUUUCCAAACGAUGUUUCAUUUGCAAUAUUUUCCCCCCAUACCUUUUACAAAUAGACAUUUUCUAGGUAAAGCAGAUUUUGCUUAGGCCCAUGUUAUUGCUAGGCCUCCGCCAAGUCCAGAGAGCGCCUUCUUGGAUCCAUCCCUUAUCGUUGCCUCCCUAACAAGUAGCAAAAUGGAUUUCAUUUGCAAACGGUGUUUUCGAGGAGUUCCCAUCUUGGCGCAGUGGUUAAUGAAUCCACCUAGGAACCAUGAGGUUGUGGGUUCGAUCCUUGGCCUUGCUCAGUGGGUUAUGGAUCCAGCGUUGCCAUGAGCUGUGGUGUAGGUCACAGAUGCGGCCUGGAUCCCGCAUUGCUGUGGCUCUGGUGUAGGCCGGUGGCUACAGCUCCGAUUCGACCCCUAGCCUGGGAACCUCCAUAUGCUGUGGGAAGCGGCCCUAGAAAAGGCAAAAAAAAACCCAAAAAACAAAAAAUGGUGUUUUCGAAAUAAUGGUUCUUCUAAAUAGAGCAGAUUAAUCCAUCAAAGAUGUAAAAGAGUGAUCUUAUGAUUAUCCUUUCACUCUGUGAUCCAUCUCAAAAUAUACAGAUGCUGUGGUUCUGGUGGAAGUGAUAGGUUAAAAGGAUAGUUGAGUGUUUUAUCCAAACUGUUGAGUGAUUAAAGAGAUAGGAGAUGCUACUCAACUCACAGACCCAAGUAUUAUUUCUCUGUGUAAAAUGCAUGUAUUGGGCUGUGGGAAGGAAAUCCUGUGAAAUCGGAUUGUUAUGAUCAUUAUACAACUACACAUGUGAUAAAUUCAUCUGAGUAAUAAAAAAAUGCAUGUUUAUUAUCCCCUUGACAUGUAUUGAAAGAGAUAUCAGAGUAAUUACCAGUCCUUACACGUAUCAUGGUCAUAAAAUGUUUCUAAGAUUGGGAAGUAUACAAAUGGCACAGUUCGUUCCUACCUAUUACCUGAAAACCUAGGUCUAAGAAAUCACUCAGGAUGGUUAUUAUCUGCUAGGAGGGUGAGCAAAAGUUGCGUAUGACAUUUUUAUUUCAAUUGGACGUAUCACAUCUCUGUGAGAUUUAAGUAUAUCCAUAGAUGUUUUCAAGCUAUAGGAACAAAAAGGAGAAAUUAAAAAGUUUCUGAUAGUUUUAAGUAAAUAUUUUAUAUUAUGACCUGUUGGUCCCAUGUAUAUAAUAUUGACCAUAUACAGGUGAAAUAUUCUACUUUUUCAGAAAGAAAUAUUUUCUCUAUUAUAAAAAUCAUAGCAUAUACUUUAGACUGUGUUUUUGAGAUUGAAUUUGGAAAUCUAUUAAUAUGUGAGAUUAGAAAUUAUAUUUUGAUAUUGUUUAAAAAUGUAAUAUUUACUGUAUUUCUACUUAAAUGUACAUUUUCAUGUAUUGAUCAAAAAGUAAAUUAUUUGUAAAGCUAUAAUAAUUUGAUUUUUCUGAUAUUUAAAAUGGAACUCAAAUAAAAACCUUUUCAUGAAAAAAGUGAUGAAUGUUUUUAUCAUGAAAACAAUAAAGAUUGGGAGUUUUAAA